CAGUCAGCGUGAACUGUAGUCGCUCUCAAAGCGAGUGGAUAAAAGGGAGUGUUCGAGAUUGUUUUGGAAAGCACUGUCCUGUAGCGAAUGCCUUUAGAAUUAAAAGUGUAUAAACGUGUUGGAAAAUGCAUGAAAAAUCUAAAUACCAAAAUGAAGAUAAGGUUGCGGAUGAAGUAAGUCUCAACAGUGAUGAGGAUGACGAUGAAUUUGAUAGCGAGUCAGAUAGCCUACCCGAGCUUGAAGAGACCCUUAGUAAAUGGACCAACUACCUUCACGGAUGGCAAGAUCGAUGGGUCGUUUUAAGAGAUGGCACGCUUAGCUACUAUCGGUCACAAAAUGGUAUGAAUGUGGGGUGCAGGGGAUCUAUUAGCUUGGCUAGUGCAGAUGUUGAGCCUCAUGAAUUUGAUGACUGUAGAUUUGAUGUUGGAAUAAACGACAAUGUUUGGUAUAUCAAAGCUAAGAAUGUGGAGUCAAGACAGAGAUGGUUGGAUGCAAUAGAAGCACACAAAGCCCAAGCUAGUAAAGAAGAUAACCUUCGCCGGCAUGGUUCCACAAUGUCAAUCAACUCUGGAAGUCUAAUUUCAACAUCUUCAUUUAAAAAAGGGAGGAAUUUGCGAGAGAAAUUGGCAGAGAUGGAGACAUUUCGUGACAUACUGUGUCGACAGGUAGAUACGUUGCAAGGAUAUUUUGACAGCUGUGCAGAAGCUUCUGCUGCAACUGUGAAUGAAGAUAUUUCAAAAAAGUGGUUGGAGGAUCCUUUGGAUGAAGAUAUCUUAGAUGAUGAAGAACUAUUGGAUAAUGACAGUGACACUGGCAAAACCACAAUGAAUGAACAACAUAAUAUUAAUGGUCCUUCAAAAGAUAAAUUUCACAGCAAGCCAAAUACAAUGGGAAUAGAUUUUCGAGGUGAGGCAUUCACUUUCAAGGCAACUACUGGUGGUAUUCUAGCCACAUUGUCUCAUUGUAUUGAUCUAAUGCGACAACGGGAAGAACAGUGGCAGAAACGAUUAGAAAAGGAACAAGAUAGAAGAAAACGUGCUGUUGAAGCAUACAAGACAAUGUUAGAUAAAAUGAAGAAAGUAAACCUCAAGGGUGGACCAGAUUUUGAGGAAGGACCUUACAGUAAACUGAAAGAAGAGGAAUUCUUUGAUGCCAUUGAGUCUGCUCUUGAUUUAAAUGAUCAAAUGGAAGAUGAAAAGGUUGCAGCAAGAGAGUCACUUCCACUGAUGUCAGUUCACGAUGAUCUUCCCCCACAUCCACACAGACUUCUUGAUAUGUGUAAUGAAAAAGUUGAAGAAAACUUGAAGUAUGCAUUUGAAAACAUAGAGAGUACGUGGGAUCUGUUCCAUUCUGAGUCGGAGAUGAAGAUUUAUAAAUGUGAAGUUGAGAAAGAUGGAGUAGUUUGUGAUCCUCUCAAGGCCAUCCAUACUGUACGCAAUAUAACAGCUUAUGAGCUCUGUUAUUAUUUUUGGGAUGUAGGUGUACGGUUGGAUUGGGACACAACUUUGGACACGAGUAAAACACUCGAGGUUUUGUCACCGGAUACAGUAAUUUCACACCAAUUUAUGAGAAGAGUUUGGCCAGCAACACAACGGGAUACCUGCUUUACUUCUCAUCUUCGUAAAGUAAAUCUCAAAAGCCAGUCCCCGGAUGAAAAAGGAUCAUACAUUGUUGUCAAUUUCUCCAUUGAACAUCCUGAGGCUCACAGUAGAUGUAUCCGUGCCACCAUUAAUGUUAGUAUGCUCUGCCAGACAUUCAUUGACCCUCCAACAGAUGACCUUUCAUCAGUUACAAGGGAUCAACUCAGGUGCAAAAUCAUAUAUGUUGCUCAUUCCAAUCCUGGUGGCUGGGUUCCAGCAUCUGUCUUGAGGACAGUUUAUAAGCGUGAGUACCCUAAGUUCCUAAGAAGAUUCUCAUCAUUUGUACAAGAUAACACAAAGGAUAAAGAAAUUAAGUGGUGAAUUACAAGUUGUAGGUAAGAUAUGAAAAUAUAUCUUACUUUACCAAACAAUCUUAUUACUUGUUUAUGAUCUGCGGUUGAUAAUAAUGAAUGAACCAUUGAGGCUAACAAUUAUAGAAUGUAUCAUUUUGGAACAUUGUAAACUAUAUAGAAUUUGUGCAUUGAUUUAAGGGCAAUCAAUAAUGUGUUGUGCCCUCUGUUACCAAUCGUAAUUAAUAAAAAAUUAGAUUGGUACUUUAAAAUCUUUCAUUCAUAUUACAAAUUCAAGAAGCAUCACUUCCGAAAUUGGCCAUUAAAACAUAAUAUCCUAACACAGAAAUCUAUUUUCUACCAAAAUCAGACCAUAGAUGCACGUAAGAUUAAAUUACUGUAGGAUGCAUAAUUUGAAGAACCAAGAGCGCGAUACAUGCAUGCAGCAUUGGAAUCUGUCCCACCAUUUACCCAUAACCUGGUCUAGAAGGUGAUCUGUUCUUCACUACUAGUUGUAUGUGGUUGCUAUAUCACUACAGUAUAUUAUAUUAUAUUAUGGUUCAUUUUACAAAUAUUGUAGGCCUAGCUAGUCAUCAAUUAAAGCUCAAGGUAAAGGUAAAUUGAGUUCACAGAAUAUCAAGCCCCAUCAGUAGUGGUCAGCUAGCCAGGUUAGGCCCGGUUCCAUUGUUCAUAAAAUCAGGCACUUUUAGUUUUUAAAUCGGCCACACAUUUUUGUUGGUAUCGCAUGUGGUAUUGCUAGACAUGAAUUAGCUUUGCCCCAAUACAAGUGUCACAGUUUGAAAUGGUGCAAUCCAGUUACAGUACGUGUGUUUGUUGCUUUUCGGGUGUGGACCAUCAAUAAACAAUCAAAUGUUUUUCUUUGAGUGGUACAGUAUAUAGAGCGUGGGACUCGUUAUUAAGGUGAACUCAAUUUUUUAUUGAUCAAAAUUAAUGUGCAUUGUAAACUAUGCCUGACUAAGCAGUGUAGGCCUAGUCCAGCACCUUUAAGGAAAUGUUGGGAAAUGUAAUGGUCACUAUCCAACUGAUAUAGUGAUACACUCUGGGAAACUUACCAAUAUUUUAUUAAGAAUAUCAAAUUAGUGCUCUAGUUUCGCUGACAUAGAAAAAAAUGUUACUGUGAAUGAGAGUGAGGCCAUGGUUCUACGUUUCCACAUUUUCAAGAAUGAGUUUCACUAAAAUUAAAAUAAAAGCGGACAUAAAUACUUUUUUUGUGUGAUUGUCUAGUUACCAAAAUAAAAGGCUUUCUUGGAUUAGGAAGCAGUGGCAUGAUGCCUGUGAGCUCUUGGGAUUGGGGCAGCUACCCAGCACUGUAAUGCAGUCUUGACGAAGUGCUCUCAGGAGCAAAGCUCCAGUUCCCCACAGGACCCUUUCUUACUAAUACCCCAUCAACUUGUCAAAAAUUAGCAUUCUUCUAUCUUACACAAAUUGCAGGCCCAUUCUAUUGCAGUCCAAUAAAGGUAGACUCCAAUGCUAUGCAAAUUAAUCAAUAUAAUUCUCAAGAGUUUUUAUCUCACUAUUUUAAGGGCAACUGAGUGUAAUUUCUCAUAUUGUGGCCCAAUGAACACAUUUUGAUAAAGGCCUACAACACCAUAAAGAACAAUGUUCGUUUCAUUCUGAUUGACCUUAUAUGAUACCCUAUUUCAGAGCAACAUAAUUUGGGGUAUCGAAUGACAGUAACGUACAAUGAAAUGAAGAUUUAUGCAUAGGCCAUACGUUAUACGCAAAUAUUCUAAUUAAAAUGUGUGUGAAAUAUACAAGUUGAUUAUAUUGUUGAAGUUGAAUAGUCACUUUAUUAUUUGAAAUUGUCUAAUAACGAAAUGCAGUCUUUCCAGUCUUAGCAAUUAUCUCUAGGGAGAUUUCCUACCACUGGCCACUUUGUGAGCGAAAAUACUUUGCUGAUAUGCAAAGGGCCCCAACAUUUCUCAC